CCCGCGCGGCUUCCUCCUCGCCGCGCCCGGCCAGUCCUGCGCAGCCUGCCCGUCCUCCCGCGGGACCAUGUCGCGGCUCAGCUGGGGAUACGGCGAGCACAACGGUCCUAUUCAUUGGAAUAAAUUUUUCCCUGUUGCUGAUGGUGAUCAGCAAUCUCCCAUUGAAAUUAAAACCAAAGAAGUGAAAUACGACUCUUCCCUCCGACCUCUUAUUAUCAAGUAUGACCCCAGCUCAGCUAAAAUCAUCAGCAACAGUGGCCAUUCCUUCAGUGUUGACUUUGAUGACACAGAGGAUAAAUCAGUUCUGCGUGGGGGUCCUCUCACUGGAAACUACAGGUUACGACAGUUCCACCUUCACUGGGGGUCGGCUGAUGACCACGGUUCUGAGCACACGGUGGACGGAGUGAAGUAUGCCGCGGAGCUCCAUGUUGUGCACUGGAAUUCAGACAAAUACCCCAGCUUUGUUGAGGCAGCUCACGAGCCAGAUGGACUAGCUGUCUUGGGAAUAUUUUUACAGACUGGUGAACACAAUCCUCAGCUGCAAAAGAUUACUGACAUUUUGGAUUCCAUUAAAGAAAAGGGAAAACAAAUUCGAUUCACAAAUUUUGACCCAUUAUCUCUUCUUCCCACAUCCUGGGAAUAUUGGACAUACCCUGGUUCUCUGACAGUUCCACCUCUUCUUGAGAGUGUCACAUGGAUUGUUUUAAAACAGCCUAUAAAUAUCAGCUCGCAACAGCUGGCCAAAUUCCGCAGCCUCCUGUGCACAUCAGAGGGAGAGGAAGCAGUUUUUCUGUUGAGCAAUCAUCGUCCACCUCAGCCUCUGAAGGGUCGCAAAGUGAGAGCCUCAUUUCGUUAACAGUUGCCCUCAGGGGCCAGCCUGACAUGACUGGAGAGAUAGCAGCAAGACAAAACACAGAUCUCCCUAGUAGCAGUGCUUCUCUGAAUUCUAAUUUAUGGGUACCACUUUACUAUCAGCUUCAGCACCAUGAAGAAAACUGCAUCUCUUUAAUUGAACUAACUUAGCUCAUCUUGUCCCAGGUUUUCACUUAUGAAUAUUCAAGCACCAAGCAUUGUCUUUUGUGUAUUCAAAUACAUGGAAAGCGUCUACUUCAAUCUUUGUGAAAAUAUGGCUGGCCUCACAAAUCUCAGAAUGUGCUAAAAAUUCUACCUUCCUGCAGGCUGUGUUACGUCUCCACUGAUAUUUGAUGAAAAAUUUAAAAUUUAUCUCCAAAAUGAUAGAAUUGUGCUUUUUCUAAACAGGCAAUUCUUAGUAUUUUGAUACUGUUCAUCAAAAGUAGGUAUUUCCUUUAAAGUGAAUUUUUACAGUGAUUGUGUUGCUGACUUUCAUUUUGUGAUGCUUUUUAAAAUGUGAUACUGAGGAUUGAACCCAGGGCCUUUGCACUGAGCUGCUGCUUUUGCCCUUUUUCAGUUUCUGUUUGAGCUGGUUUUCUUAAGUUUCUAAGUUGGUUAAGCUGAGCUUGAGUUUGGUACCUUUCUGUGUUAGACUUCUAGGGUGCUGGAAUUACAGGCCUGGGCUACCAGGCUGGCUUGUGAUACUCUUAAUAAAGUGCACAGUAUGAGAGCUGGUGCUGGGAUGGGAUGAAGCUACUCAAUUUUCACUGUGAUUAUGGAAUUAUGGAAUUUACUAUGAUUAUUACAGAUCAAAGACAACCUAUAUAGCUUUGGUGAGGGAUUCCUCAGGAUAUAAAUAGCUAUUUGCACAUAAUGAAUUGUGCCAUAUAUCAUAUUCAUUCAAUAGUGUUCAUGAGGAAGUGACUGGUAAUUGACAAGAUGCAGUGUUUGCCAAUUGGUGCCAUUAGUGUGGUUCGAAACUAACAGAUUUAGAUAGUGCACACAGACAGAGCUAUGCGUGAGCAUGAUAACAGGGCUGCCUUCUUUCCCCCUGUGUUUUGACAGCAGAGCGGGGAGCAAUGCUCUGUGGGUCAUUUUUCUCUCAAUGAGUGAAAAAAUAUAUACAGUGAAUCUCACAUAAAUAUACAUUGAUCCCUAAAUUCUUCAACUCAUUUCUGGGGCAAAGCCCAUCUCCCCUCUUAUAAAUGCCCCUCAACGUCAUAAGUACUUUUGUAAGGUGGCACUUGAUAUGAACUUGAACCUAUUCUCUCUUGUUUGUUUUUGUGGAGAAGGGUAGCACAGUGUUCCUUUUGUCUCUUCUGUUAUGGGGUGACACCGAAUAUUAAAUUAAUAACUAUAUUUAAGACUUGAACACAUGCCAGGCAUCUGUCAUCUUCCAAGGGAAGUUUACUUGGGCUUACAUGUUUUUAAUUCUUCCUUCCUUUGAAUACAGAUUUAAUAAUCAAAAUUCUUCUGUAAUAGUGUCUCUAAUAAAAUAACUAAGUAUCAAUACAUAUGUUAGAAUACUUACCAGCUUCUGAAGAUUAGAUCUGAGACCUUGGCUAAGAUUAACAUGUGAUAAAUAUUUAAUGAAUUGAGUAUUUAACAAAUAUAUUUUCUAUCCGUGGUUAUUAUCUCUCUGCUGGAGCUCAAAUGCACUAUAAAUUAAUCUCACAAGUAAAAUAUGUUAUUUCUUGAAAUUAUUUUCUUCAAGGAAUAUUUAUUAAACCUAAUUUGUAUAAGUGGAAGUUUUUAUGCUUUUAAAACACAGUAUUGAAUGGGAAGGGCUUUUCUUUAGUUUGGAAAGACACUUUACAAAGCGUCCUAGUAAGGAAAAGAAUUUUAUAGACUCAGAGACUGGAACUGGUGGGAUUUGGAUGGUGUGGAGUGGGAUUUCAAGUACUACUCUGUAAGAGAGUUGCCGUGUUACAAUUUCUGGCUUCUGCUGAGAUAUCCCAUCAAUUCUACGGUACAGAUUGCAUCUUAGUAGACUGAAAAGGUCUACCCAACACUGAUUUCCUUGAAGAUUGUCUGCUUAUUUAUAUAGCUCCUACAGGCAAAAGGUUGAAGUAUGUUCUAAAAUUGCUAUAUUCUUCCAUUUUAAAAAGUUAGUAUUGUAAAUACUACAUCUGUUUUGUUUCACACAACAUAUGUUAGAUUUAUGUCUGUUAAAUGUUUUGUAUUAUAAUUUAAAUUUGACUCAACCAUAAUAAAAAAUGAGGAAACCUUUCAACUGUA